AAGGAGCCGGAACUCUGCUGGGCUCCAGGCAUCGAGAUGGAGGAGGGCGAGUACGAGUCGAUUCUCUGCGUCAAACCAGAGGUUCACGUCUAUCGCAUCCCGCCGCGGGCCACCAAUCGUGGCUACAGGGCCGCAGAGUGGCAGCUGGACCAGCCGUCAUGGAGUGGUCGGCUAAGGAUCACUGCAAAGGGGCAGGUGGCCUACAUCAAGCUGGAGGACAGGACCUCAGGGGAGCUCUUUGCUCAGGCACCGGUGGAUCAGUUUCCUGGCAUAGCUGUGGAGAGCGUGACGGAUUCCAGCAGGUACUUCGUUAUCCGCAUCGAAGAUGGAAAUGGGCGACGGGCGUUUAUUGGAAUUGGCUUCGGGGACCGAGGCGAUGCCUUUGACUUCAACGUUGCAUUGCAGGACCAUUUCAAGUGGGUGAAACAGCAGUGUGAAUUUGCAAAGCAAGCCCAGAACCCAGACCAAGGCCCCAAAUUGGACCUGGGCUUCAAGGAGGGCCAGACCAUCAAGCUCAACAUCGCAAACAUGAAGAAGAAGGAAGGAGCAGCUGGGACUUCCCGAGCCCGGCCUGCCAGCACAGGAGGGCUGAGCCUGCUUCCCCCACCCCCAGGGGGCAAAACCUCCACUCUGAUCCCUCCCCCUGGGGACCAGUUGUCUUUUGGGGGAUCCCUCACCCAGCCAGCAGUUGCUCCUGGUUCAGUAGGAGGUGCCACCGUAUCCUGGCCCCAGCCCAAGCCUGCCACUACUGCCACCGCAGACGUCUGGGGAGACUUUGCCAAAUCCACAGGGUCAACUUCCAGCCACACUCAGCCAGGCACGGGCUGGGUCCAGUUCUGACCUGAGCACAGUUCUCUUUUUGCUCAUAUGACUUCUGGGAAGGAGCUGCCUCACCUGGGUCAAAGGAAGGAGGAUGAAGCACUCCCUGCCGGCCUCUGUGUGGAGCACCCUCUCCUCUCCUCCUCGCCCGGCUCUCUUGGCAAACUCCAUGUUAGGCACGCUGUUUCCUGGGAUUGAAGCAUGCGACCAGAACACAGGAGAGAAGCUCCAGGAGGCCUAUCCCCGUCUGUCCUCUUGACAUGAGAGAGACUCUGAGACUAGACAUCUUCCAUCACAAUGACCCAUAUUAAACACAAGCCCCCAAAGCAAAAGAAUGGGUCGAGUUUGCUGCCUGGAUUCAGAUCGGCCCUUCUCAGGGUUUACAGGUGUGAUCAUGUUCGGCAAGGGGGGUUCUGCACCCGCAUUGGCCGUAGCCUCUUCGGUCAGUCUGCCUUCCAGAGGAGGGCUUCCUUCCCGAUUUCCAGCAGGUCUAUAGGCUACAGCUUGAACAGACAAUCGGGAGGGAAAUUGAAAGGAUUGAGCAGCUUUUUUAAACGUUUAAAUAUUUUGCUUUACUAACGUGCUGAUCUGCACUAACUUGUCUUUGCAAAAGGAACAGCUCCUGCAGUGCGCUGCUGUGGGGUCUCCGAAGGCCUUCCUCACUGUCAGCCAGCUGCCCUGGCCUUCAGGCAGCCGUGUUCAUCCCUGCCCAGUUGCCUGGAUUUCCAACGCAGGGCCGAGGCAGGCGCUGGAAGCCACAUGGAAGUGUUUGGGCAGGAAGGUGGAAGCCGUUGUCAUGGAGGUGGGGUCAGCCUUCCUGUCUGCUGGCGGCUCUCUGGGCUUAUAGGUUCACAGUGCUGCUCCUGGCGGACUUGGGUUUUCUCUUUGGUAGUUUCUGAAGUGUUAAUACUCUAUCUGCAGAGAGCCUCUUACUUUCUUUUCUCCUUCAGGGACUGUGAAUGACAGAAGGAGCUCAGUGAACUAGAAGUCCAGGGUUGCCUGGAUUACUGGUUUAUAAGCAAUUAUUUCAUCUGAGCACACCUCUGAAAUUGCUUUUAUUGACUUACCUCUGAAUUGAAAGAUUUCUUUUUUGAAGGGUCAAGACCAUGAACUGAAAAAAGUGUUGGCCUUUUUGUGGGACCAGAUUUUUAAGAUAAACAAAUAAAUACU